AGUUUUAUUGAAGAAUAGCAAAGGAUAGAAGGAGACAGUGAAAUCAUCAUGCAAUCAGAGGUAUACAGUCAUAAAAGAGAGAUGGUGACAAAACCUCGACCAAGAGAUCUCAUAUGGGUCACCGUAGCGAUGGUGUGGUGUCAAGAUCUUUUAGAAGAUGUGUCUGGUGCCGUACAUGGCGGUCUUCCUUCCCAGGGCUUGGGCCAAUCCAUCACCGAUUCAAACCUGAUGUUUGAGUUCUUGUUGGGUGGAGUAGAGAUCGACAAAGACAACAACAUCGCUCUGCUGGACCUGGAGAUGGCAUCUAUGAGGCAGGGACGAGCUUUCCUGGCUCACAUCAACGACAACAUCCCCAAGACGCUCUCUUCUAUGGAGCAGAUGAUGAAGGACCUGGAGGACAAGAGAGGGCCUCUCCCUCUCGCCCAAUCCCACUUUGAGAGCCUCAUCCUGGGCAUGGUCUACUCUGCUCACCAGGCCAAGCUCCAGGAGAGAGAGAAGGACCGGGAGAAAUGGGGAGAGGUGCUGAUACGUCUGGCUAAUACUACAGUCAACGAGCUGCGUAAACUGUAG